CAAAGAGAAGCAGGCAGAUGAUGGAAACACGUGCUAGAGGACAGCCUGCAGGCUGGGGACUUCCUUUUACGUUUUGCAUUUUUGUGGUCUGAUAGCAGCCAGCGAGUAAAAUCCUCGACUUGAAACUUUCAAAUAUCCAAACACUUUGCUGAGUGCAGCUUGCAACUCGAGAGAGAGGAGAGAUUGGCGAGACAUUCUCCAAGCCAUUCGGGGUUGCUCGCUCUUCCAAUGCCAACGGAUAUUUGAAUCUUAGCUUGAUACAUAUAAAAAACUUCAGAAGAAACCCCAAGAACGUGUGUUAUUUGGGAACUCUGAAUAUUGGUUAUUGUAGGAAAUUGAUACCUACCCAGACAUCUACCAUGAAAGCAACAUAGAAACAUCAAAACACCGGUAUCGCUUUAUUAGCUUUCUGGAGUGAGGACAUUGUUUCCUGUUUAUUUUAAUGAGCCGUUUCGCCGCCAAAAUGAAAGACGACUACAGUGAAGAAGAGGAAGUGCAUUCUAUGGGUUACAAGAGGUUUGGAAUCCAGGAAGGGCCUCAGUGUAAUCGAUGUAGAAAUAACUGGGCACUGAAAUUUGCUAUUCUGCUGCUCUAUGUCCUGUGUGCCAUGCUGACCAUUACUGUAGCCAUCCUGGGAUAUAAAGUUGUACAGAGAAUGGACACUGUGACCGAAGGAAUGGAAACAUCACGAAAGAGUUAUACGGAGAAACUAACUGCAGUUGAGACAGAUCUGAAGAAAUUAGAUGACCAGACUGGUGUGAAAGAUGAAAGUACCACGAUAGAACUGUCUAAAUUCAAAACAGAUAUCCAGUUUCUUCAGAACCAACUUGGUGACAUUGCAGAUAAAGCCUCUAAAAACAAACUUUCACUGGAUAAGCUACAAGAGACUGAGCAAUCAAUGACAGCCAACCACAACACUCUGAAAACUUUGCUGGAUAGCAACUCAAGAUCUAUCAGAGACAUAAACCAGACUUUAUUCACAUACAGUAGUUACAUUACUAACCUGGAAGACAUCUCUGGUAACCUGCAAAAUGACAUACUAAAGCAAACCAAAUCUCAGAGCAAUGCGGUUAUAAAUCUCAGUCAGUUAAAUCAAACACAGAUCCAGCAAAGAGAUUUAUUCAAUGCACUGCAAAAAUCUGUUGAUGAUACCAGUCAGUCCAUCCAGAAAAUAAGGAAUGAUUGGCAGGCUCUCCAACAUACUAUGCUUCAAGCACAAAAGGACACAGACUGGCUGAAAGAGAAACUGCAAUACCUACAACUGCAAGCAGUGAACAACUCCAUCAUGGUGACUGGUAAUAGCGAUACUUUGGAAGAUAUGAGUAAUCAGCUAAACACUCUGAGUACCCAGAUGGCAAAUAUUAGUUUCAUGGCUAACGUUCACGAAGAGAGUCUCAGGGAUCUACAGCAGUAUCAAAAAGCUCAUGAAAACAAAACAUCUGCCAGUUUUGAACAACUUGAAGUGCGCAUGGAUGUAAAUGAGAGAGACAUCAGUAGUAUUAUAGGGAACAUCAGUUGGACUGUGCAACAUCUUCGCUCAUUGACAAGCAAUCUGAAUGAUAUAAAAACCACUUGCACCAAUACAUUAAGUCAACAUGCAGACCAACUAGCCAUCCUGACCACCGAUAUGGAUGGUGUCCGAACAGACAGUUCUCUCCUCAAAGCACAGCAAGGCGUAUUGAAGGCCAGAUUGGAUAUUGAGGUUGGCAACUUGUCUAUGAUCAUGGAAGAAAUGAAACUUGUCGACACAAAGCAUGCUCAGCUGAUUAAAAACUUCACAAUUCUUAAAGGUCCUCCUGGCCCAAGAGGUCCGAAAGGUGACAAAGGAAUACAAGGACCAAGUGGCACAAAGGGAACCAGAGGACCAAAAGGGGAUCGUGGAGAAGUUGGACAACCUGGACCAAUGGGUCCAAAAGGUUCUCGAGGCCCUCCUGGAUCGAGAGGAGAAAAGGGCAGUCAAGGAUAUAGAGGCCCUCCUGGCAUAAAAGGACAAAAAGGUUCAAAUGGAAGACCUGGUACACCAGGAGCUAAAGGAAGCAUGGGACUGCCGGGUCUUGAUGGACCUGUUGGCAAAUUAGGCCCUUCAGGACUACCGGGGCUUCAGGGUCAACCAGGAGCACCAGGAGAUACAGGCCCUCCAGGACCAAAAGGCCCCCCAGGACCAAAAGGUCCUCCUGGUCCGCCAGGCCCUCCAGGUCCCAUAGGACUAAUAAACCAAGCUCCGACUUUUCCUCCAAAACCAAAUGGUUGUCCACCUAAAUGGAAGAAUUUUAAGGAUAAAUGUUAUUAUUUCUCUGUUGAUCUUGUCGAAUUUGAAGAAGGAAAUAAUAUAUGCAAAAAUAUGUCAUCCAACAUGAUUAUAAUUGAUAACCAUGAAGAACAGCAAUGGGUCAGAAGGCAAAUAAAUGGAGUAAAUUACUUCUGGAUUGGUCUGUCAGACACUGAAGAGCACAAUGUGUGGAAAUGGGUGGAUGGAACCGUUGCAGAAUACACAAACUGGAAGCCAGGGCAACCUGAUAAUUGGCAACACGAAAGAGCAACUGAAGAUUGUGCUGGCUUGGCUUCAGGUGCAUUGUGGAACGACUUCUUUUGCACAGACCUCAAUGGUUUGAUUUGUGAGAAGAACGUUGACAAAGAUCAACUUAAAGGGUGAUUGUCCCGAUUAGCCUAAAGAGCACGUCCAGAGACAUUUCCGGACCAGUUUCGGAGGUGGUCAUCAGUUUCAGGUCUUCGAUUACCAAAGGAAGCUUCAGAUCUGCGUUAAUAACCGAGCUUCCCAAACAUCAUUUCCUCACACUGGGCAUUGGAACUUAAAUCUUCAGCCCACCUUAACUUUUAAUUUGAAGUUAGCCCAAAACUUUAUUCUUUAAAGAAUAUCUAUUAUUCAAUAACAAUUAUUGUUUAUGGAAAGUGAAAUAAGCAAGAAAAUAUAUUGCAAAAUUCAUAUGAGCCCAAUUUUUUUUUAGUUUUAUUUUCCUUAAAUACUUACGUCAGUAUAAGGAAAUCUAUAUGUAAACACUCGUGUUUAAAAAGUAUUUACCAUUCUGCAUAGUAACAGACUUACACAGCUUUCCAGUUUUCAGGAAUAUUUCUACUGAAUCUUCUGUGUCUAGUUUACAGUGAAAUAGAAAAAAUUCCCCUAUUGUAUUCACAAAUAAAAUACCAAAUAUAAGGAGUGGGGAUAGGAUUUGAAUUGGAUCUUAUUUCGUUACCAUUCAGCUGCUGUAGAGAUGACUUAUUUAUGUUUUAUCACAACAAGUAAGAGAAGACCAUUGCUUUACUUAAGCAGAUGGACAGCCACUUUUACCUUCUACCUUUGUCCUCAUUGGACAAAAAAAAAUUCACCUGAAAGCAGAAUACGUUAAGAAUAUAUUUGCAAAUGCAAAUCUUACAGUUCAAAUGGGAAGGUAAUUACUGUGCUUUCUGACCAUGAAUAAACAUUUUGACAUCAGUAGCAGGACAUCUCAGAAGGUAACUCAAAAAAGGGACCACUUCCUUUAUAUUGCAACAGAACUGGAACGAAAGAAAUCAACAAUGUAAACUACUGCCCUACACAACCUUUUUACUUGCAUGAAAUGCAAUCUUGUGAUUUCCAAAUAUUCCUAUUUUAAACUAACCUAAGGAUUUACUGCUAAAACUUAAGACCCUACUUAAGAGUCUACCAUAACAACUAAUUAAAUAUUCAAAACAUUUAAUCAGUCAAUAUUUGCAAAAACUUAUCCAAUAAUACUCAGCCAUCAACUGUGGAUGGACUCAGCAAUGUAAACAUAGAGAUCCCUUUAAUUCAUAUUUGCAAAACUGUAUGAGAUAGUAACUAGUUUUGAGGCACACAUUUUUUUAAAUAGUCAUAUAACAAAGCUGAAUAAAUUUAUUUAAGAAUACAUUUCAGUAUUUUAUUCUCAGCCACUUGCAUCUUAUGAAAGGUUUGAUUUCAAUUCUGAACCAAUAUUUAUGAAAAAUUUAUUGUAUACCUACUUACAUUUGACAGCAGAAGAAGAAUGAUCCCAAAACAGAAUUUAUUAGUUAUAGAUAGUAAGAACUGCCAAUGCUGGAGUCAGAGAUAACACAAUGUGGAGCUGGAGGAACACAG